GUUUUGAUCUUGUUUGUUUAAUAAAAGAACAAAAUAUUGAAAAAUAUCCAAAUAUAUUCUUGCAUUUUUAACUUAAAUGUCAAUCGUGAUCGCAUCAGUAUGUCGUCAAAGAAUCAAUUAAUAAAGAAAAUAUCAGAUUAUCUUGAAAAUCGACAGAAAACAAAUAAUUUUGGUACAUGUAAGAAAUGCUCAAAAAAUGUUUAUUGGUCAACAACAAAGGUCGCGAGUCACAUUCGGUCUGGACACUGUAAAGGAGCAUCUGAUGAGGAAGUGCAAAAAUUUAAGCAAGAAUUCGUAUACGAAACACCAAAGCAUCUCAUACACAGAUCAUGUGUUGGAAAAACGCCGAGAAGUGCUGAUUCAUUUAAAUCCGAAAGAGAUGAAAAGUCAGAAACUGUGGCAACAAUAAAGAAGAUCUAUCUCAAGCAAGAUUCAAAAGAUUCUGUACAAGCUAAGCGCCAGAAAUUGGAAAUUGAAGAGGAUUAUGAAUCAGAAAAUAUUAUUGAGGAGAACAAUGACUCAGAAAUAAUGUAUGAAUUAGAGACAGCAAAUACAGACGAUGAAAAAGUUGAGGAAUUAAUUUUUGUCACAAAUGAGUCGACACACGACACUCCACCAAAAAAGUCAGAAGGAUCAGAGCCAGCAAGCAAAGAGGAAAAGUUCAUUUCAGCUGUUUAUCCACAAUUUAAAGGACGAACAAAAUUGGAUCUAAUUGAUGAGAUUCAUGAUCUUCAGCGUCGCAAUGAGCUUCUACAAGUUAAAGUUAAAACUUACGAGAAUACAAUUAAUAAGUUAUUAUAAAGUUUUAAUUAAAUAAACGUUUAAUAUUCUGUUUUUAACGGCUGAAAUAAGUAGGGUUCGUCCACAUGCGCAUGCAUGCGC